AAGGCUGUUAAAUUGGUCAGCUAAUCUAGGGUUUUGAAUAAACCCGCAGAGAGGAUAUAGGGAGUGGCGGAGUCGUCAACAGCGCAGCGGAGCAGCUAAAUCAACCAUGGUUCUCAAGACUGAGCUUUGCCGCUUCAGUGGUGCUAAAAUCUAUCCUGGGAGGGGCAUCAGAUUUAUUCGGUCUGAUUCUCAGGUUUUCCUUUUUGCCAACUCAAAAUGCAAGAGAUACUUCCACAACCGCCUGAAGCCAUCAAAACUUACCUGGACAGCAGUCUACCGUAAACAACAUAAGAAGGAUAUUGCUGCUGAAGCUGCAAAGAAGAGGCGCCGAACUACCAAGAAGCCCUACUCAAGGUCUAUUGUUGGUGCCACACUGGAAGUCAUCCAGAAGAAAAGAUCUGAAAAGCCAGAAGUUCGUGAUGCUGCUCGUGAAGCUGCCUUGCGUGAAAUCAAGGAGAGAAUCAAGAAAACCAAGGAUGAAAAGAAGGCAAAGAAAGCAGAAGUGGUGGCCAAAGCAAAGACAGCUACUAAGGGUAACUUCCCCAAAGGCCCUGCUGGCAAGGGUCCUAAACUUGGAGGCGGCGGUGGGAAGAGAUAAUUUCUUUUCAGUAUUUGAGCUUCCAUGCUUUUCUGUUCAAUGUUUAAAUCACACAAGGGAUAUCAUAUUUCAUUGUUUUCGAUUAGACAGACUCCAUGUUGCAAUCUUCAUCUUCUAAAUCAUCUAAAUUUUGUUCACCAGUAUGCCUGUUUUUGUUUACUCAUGAA